AUGGUCAAGACAGACGUCUGUUAUACUUUUUCCAAAAGAUGGUCACUGAUUGCUGGGAGAUUGCCAGGACGUACGGACAAUGAAGUGAAGAACUACUGGAACUCUCAUCUGAGCAGAAAACUUGAGAAUAUGGGAAUCGAUCCGAAUAAUCAUCGUAUAAACCACAGUUCUUCUCGAAGUCCAUGUGUCUCUAAUAGUUCGACAUUAAUGUCUGCUUCGAAAAGCCAUGAAUGCAAACGUGUAAAAUUUCAGGUUAAUAAUGAUCAUGUCUCAGAUGCUGCAAGCUUAUUGGAGGAUGAUGACCCACGAGGAGGCUUGCCUGAUCUGAACCUUGGUCUCACCAUGAACGAGACCUGCAAUUCAAUUGCUGCCAUUGAUGAGGAGAGAGAACCAGAGUCUACAUCAAAGGGACUUGAACAUGGUCCAUCUUCUACACUUCUUUUUAGGUGAUACAAUUAUUUUGUAAAAAAUAUGGAGAUAAUUUCUUUGUGUGAAUUGUAUCUUAACCUUCAAAG